CGAUUGUUUUCUUACCCCGAAAAACUUGUUGAUCCCUUCGUUGGGGACUUUUAUGUAGCAAAGUAAGCUUGUUAUUAAAGUCAUCUCCUCAUGUACUGAAACAAACUCAGAUCGAUUGAAACAUCGACAAAUUCCCACCCGAUCUAUGCAUAAGCGAGCCUUCACAUAUUGCUCGGACUUUAAUACGAAAUUCUACGAGUCCAGGAGUGGGAAGAUAAAACCGAUUGGCUCAUUCCUACAGCAACCAGACAUGCCUCAUGGGACAAGCCACAGCAAUGGCUCAAUGGUAGGUGAGGGGAUGUCGCCACAGGACAAGCACAAGGUGCGAGGAAUGGUACGUGAGAUGUUGACUCAAAGCGAUCAGAAGAAUCUACAAUGGCCACAGAAGAGAUCUCCAAUACAGCAGCAGCAGAAGCCGCACAUGCAGGACCAGAUGCAGCUUCAGGAGCGAGAAAUUGGCUUGCAGCGUAGCUAUCAGCAAGGCGAAUAUCAUCCUCAACAGCUGCAACAGAACUUUAACCAGAAGCCUGGCAUGCAGCAGCAGAUGUAUCAGAAUCAUCAACAGCAGCAGCAGACACAGUAUUUGGAUCAGAAAUACCAGUGUCCUCCCAUGGUGCAGCAGCAGCCACAGCCGCAGUAUCUUCAGACUUCGUAUCCGAAACAUCCUCAAGAGCAAUCGCACCAUUAUCACAGCCAGAUGAAAGCAACUCCAAGCAGAGCCAGCUCCAAAGAGUACUCCAACACAGCCUUUGGCCAACCUUCGGCGGAGGAGAAUUUCGCAGAUAAUUUCAGUGGAUCUGAUGACAAUACUUCUUACAAUAAGUACAUGGAAUUUAUGCCGGAACAUAAUUCGUAUCAGACUCAACCCAAGCAGCAGUAUGGACAAGAUUCGUAUCAUAAUUCGACUCAGCGUUGUGCCACAACUAAAGACGUCUCAGUGUACAACCUGCCCCUGUCCUAUAAUAACAUAUCCGACAUGGAAAUCGAUGAUUAUAUUAUGGAAGUAGAAAGAAAUACACCAUGCGAGCACAUGGAAUAUGCCACCAAAGGGCAGAUUUCACCUCAAGAGUCGUAUCAGAAUUAUCUGAAUGAGUUUGGGAGGCCUGCAAAACAGCAGCCCGAACCGAUGCAGCAAACAUAUUCCUCGAAUUCUUCUCAGAAUAUGUCUCAAAAGCAGACACAAGGUGGUCCAAGCCAGUACAGUGUUCCCCUUGUAGAAGGUUGGGCCAGAGAGAAUGCUGGGGAGCUUCCAGCUGAGCACGCAGCAAAGAAGAAUUUCGAAGCAGAAUCUCCCUCCGGUUCAGGCUGCCACAUGGUAAAAAAAAAGUUUUGCAAUGAAUGCAUGUUGUCUAAUGGCGAGAAUAGCUCCACUGCAUCGACUGUGAUCAGUGUGAAGAGCGGCGACGAUCUGCGUUCCAUGGUGCGGGACGAGUUGCGUUGCUUGGCCCGCGACGAGAUUGAAUUGCAAUCGUUGUAUGGUAAACUGCCUGAGAGUGUGGUGUGGCAGGUGAAGGAAUAUUUUUGCGAAAGGUCAAAAGCUGUGGAAGAGAAGAAUGCGCAGAAAGAUAAUGCCAUGGAUAUUAAGCAGCAAGAGUCAUAUCAAAGCCAGAAUCUAGCAUUGAUGAGCAAUAACAUUUUCAAAGCUAAAGAAGUCCACAAAAAUAUGGAGUAUGCAGAGUAUGCCCCCAUGCAUACAUCGACAAAGACACAGUAUCAGGAGCAGCCACAGGAGCCGAAUCGGCAGCAUUCGCAUCUUCACUUCCAGCUGGAGGUACAAAAGAAUCCUCAGCAGAAGCAAACAUAUCAGGAGAGGGCAGGCUCUACUCAGUUCUCCCGCUUGAGCAAUACGAACGAGAAUGAUUCCUAUGAUUCAUAUAUCCAGCAGAAGAUAAAUCAGGGCCAGAAUAAGGCAUCGCCUAGCAAAGGCUCAUCGAAAGCUAAAGAGAUCCCAUUGCCGUGUUGCCCGACGUACAAGUUUAUGGAUUAUGCGCCUCAACAGGAUACGACACAGAAUCGUACUCGACAAACGUGUCAGGAGCAGCCACAGCCACUGCAACAUUCCCCUCCUAACUUGCAGUUGGAAUCACAGACAAAUUCUCAGCAGAAUUCAGACUUUCCUCCAUUCUCCUGCUUGAGUGAAACGCCUGAGGAUAAUUCUAAUCAUCAUAUUUCCAACGAGGCUAAGAACACAAAACCGAACCGCAAGUGCAUGGAUUGCGUACAGAAUAAAGGCUGCGAAAAGGACAAAUACAAACCCAAACAGAAGCUAUCCAUUGACGAGCAGGAUCGAUGUUCCACGGCCAGUGGCUUCACGGUAUCGACUUCGAUCAGUGCAAAGACCGGCGAGGAGCUGCGAUCCAUGGUGCGAGAAGAGUUGGAAAUGCAAUCGGUGCGCAGUGAACAAGCCUCGAGGCGCAAUCAACUCUCAGGAACAGUUAAUGCCACUCCAAUCAAUAGCCUGGAAGAGGCAGUCUCCACACGUUCAGUCUCGAGUUCGCACACAGAUGACAGCCAACCAGGGUCCAAGAGUUUGGCCAUAGUUAAUGCGCCUCUUAGCAAGGAUAAAGAAUCCACCACGGAUUCAACUAUGGGUUCGACAAACUGCGAAAACCAUAGCAAGAAAUGCUGUGUGAGCGUAGAUGAUUUAGUCAACUGCAAAGUCAUCACGCCCAUGAUCAUGAAGAUACACAACAAGUAUAUGACCCUCAUGCAGGAUGAGAUGCAUCUGAUGCAGUAUCUGGAGAAGGUGCCGCACCUUGUCGGUCAGAUUUACAAGGACAACGUCCAGAUGGAACAGAGGAGAGCCUAACAACGUUUAAAUUCACUUUUGAUUCGAUGUGACCUUUGUUUAUAUUUUUUAAGUAUUGCAUUCAAUAAAAAUA